AUGCAUAAGAAAAAACCGUGUUAUCAAUGUUGUAGUUCAUCAUCGGCCAGUGUUUACAACAGACAAUUAGAUGGCAAUCUUUUAUGGAAUGAUGCAGUCAGCAUAGCUUUAUCUCGUUUAUUAGCAAAUGGAUUAUUGAGUGACAUUAAUUUAUUUUGGGAGGGUAGUAUACCUGCAGCAUCAGACCCAAAUGAAUGCCGACGUAAUCCGAUCAAGCCGGAAGAAAUACAUGAAUUUGGUGUUACGCAGAAUUCGGCUUUAGCCCGUAUAUUAUCAACUGGUAUAUUUCGAGUUAUUAUAGCUGGUACACCAGAUAGCAAUUGUGGACCACCGUGUCUUGUUGAUUCAGACAACAAUAGAAAUUCUAGUGAUUUCUUUUACAAUGGUACAACACAACAAAUAACUGCUGGAUAUCUGUUUGAUUUUUAUACAUUUUUGGGAUAUGAACUAAGUCAGAUCUUAAAUGUUGUCGUUCAACCAACGUUUAUUUUUUCUGGAGGUGAUGGUACGUUCGAUCAAAUUGAGCUAAUAAUAAAUAAUAAUCAAGCUGAAAUUAGUGACCCGAGUUGGUUUUUUCGUCCAGCUCGAGUAGCACAAUUAGCCGCCACAUGUUCAUUCAUUCGUAAGGAUGAAUAUAUAGCCUUAGCAGGUCCUUUAUCAACGCCGGGUAAUAUUCCACUGACCAAUUCAACGACUACAGCUGACUUAGCUGCUAUACCUGGACUGGUUAUAGCAGUGGUAUGCGCUGGAACUAGUCAAGAUAUUACAGCAAAGAAGCUAUUCCCAAUCGCUACAAUAAUUAAUUAUUGUGAAAAUGCAGGUCAAAUGUAUGAAGACGUUGCUAAUGGAGAAACUGCAAGUGUUGUAUUUGAUACAGUUCAAAAUGAAAUGUCAACUUUUGGUGUCGCUCAACGAAAUGGUCAAAAUCUAUCAGGUCUAAGAGUUUUACCAAAUACAGUAACACCUUUUGAUACCAUUGGAGGCAGCAUUUGCCUUUACAGUAAACGUUGA